CUGCGCUCCUUGGUCUUCUCCUCAAAUUGAAUCAAACAUAUCGGAUUUGGGGAAAGCUUCGCAGCAGUGUGGGUGUGAAGCUGCCUCAUCUUCUUCCGCGGCGGCCGUAGUCAUUUUUUUUCUUCCUUUGAAGACGACAGAUGAUGAAACGAAUCCUGCAACUGGAACGGCUGAUGAAAAUCUAACAAUUUUGCUUUUUCUUAGGAUUAAUUGAGAAAAUUAUCCAUGGCCCCUGCCAAGAAAUCGAAAAGCGUGAAUAAGCGGUUUUUGAAUGUUAACGAAGAGUCACCUGAUAAGGGCGGAGGGAACGGGAACAAAGCUAAGCAACGGAAGAGGAAAUUGUCUGACAUGUUAGGGUCUCAGUGGAGCAGGGAGGAGCUUGUGCGGUUUUAUGAAGCCUACCGGAAGUAUGGGAAAGAUUGGAAGAAGGUUGCUGCUGCGGUACGCCAUAGAUCUGUGGAAAUGAUAGAGGCCCUUUACAAUUUGAAUAGAGCAUACUUGUCACUUCCAGAGGGAGCAGCUUCUGUGGUUGGACUAAUUGCAAUGAUGACUGAUCACUAUAAUGUUCUGGGAGGGAGUGACAGUGAUCGAGAAAGUAAUGAUGCAUCAGUGAUAUCACGAAAACCUCAAAAACGUGCUCGAGGAAAAUAUCAACUUAACGUCUCUAAGCCGGAUGGAAAUAUUCCAGAUUUGUUGCAGUCUUCCCAGUCAAUGUCAUCAAGUUAUGGUUGCCUAUCAUUAUUGAAGAAGCGGCGAUCUGGUGGUAGUCAGCCUCGUGCGAAGGGAAAAAGGACUCCUCGCUUCCCUGUUUCAUUUACAUAUAAUAGAGAUGACAGGGAAAAGUUUCUAUCACCAAAUAAACAAGGUCUGAGAUCAUAUGUAGAUGCCAAUGAUGAUGAUGUUGCCCAUGAUGUUGCAUUAGCUUUAGCAGAGGCUUCACAAAGAGGCAGCUCUCCCCAGUUUUCUCAAACACCAAACAGAAGAACAGGGCGUAUGAGGUCAUCAUCCUUACAGAAUGGUGAAAGAAUGCAUGCUGAAUCAGAGAGGGCCAGUGCAAAGCUUGUUGGUACUGCAACUGCAAUGGAUGAAGACUGUUUGGAAGGAAGUCUUGGCAGUAGGGAAGCAGAAAAUGGAGAAUUUGACAGAGAUGCUAAUUACCUAAUGGAUGCUGAAGGUGCUGGUACAGUAGAAGUUCCACGUAAAGGGAAAAAGUUUCACAGAAAGAAGCCAAAAGUUGAAGAAAUUGAUAACAAUCAUUUUGAUGAUGUUAGGGAAGCAUGUAGUGGCACUGAAGAAGGACUUAGUUUGAGUAAUGUUAAAGGAAAAAUUGAAAUUGAAGUAACAAAUGCAAAAACGGAGCGGACAUCUUCUCAAGGUCCUAGGAAGAGAAGCAGGCAGCUCUUCUUUGGAGAUGAAAGCUCUGCUUUAGAUGCUCUGCAAACCUUGGCAGAUUUGUCUUUAAUGAUGCCAUCAUCUACUAUUGAAUCCGAGUCAUCUGUGCAGUUUAAGGAAGGGAAGAAAACUUUGGAAGUUGUUAAUAAGGCUAGCGCACCUGAAGCUAUGUCCGCUAACCAGAAAAGAGAAAAAGAUAAAACUACAGCUGCUAAGGAGAGAGGGCAUCAAUCAACGGUUGGAGUUGAAGUCAUUACCCAAAAAAGUGCCAAGCUAGGGAAGGAUUCAGGUUUCAAUGUUAGUGCUCUUUCUGAAGCAAAGCAACCAGCUUUCCAGUCUAGCCCUAAUAUGAGGAAAAGAAAAUGCAAGUCCUUGGCGUCAAGAUUGCAGAGUCCAAAAGUUGAUGUUCGCGAUGAUCCUUCUAUUAAUGAACAUCAGAAGACUGAGGCUUUGGCCGAGGAAGGAAAAAAAUCCAUUAGUAAAGCUAAACGUACCAAUCAAAUUGCUCCACCACCAAAACAAGGGAAGUUGGUCAGACCUGCAGAAUGCUCUUCUGGUACUGAGGCUCAAAAGAUGGGGGCUGAUUCAGCUGCAUCAUCUGGGCAGAUGGCUACUGUAAACCCAGUUAACUUGCCCACUAAAGUAAGGAGUAGGCGGAAAAUGCAGAAGGAGUUGAAGUCUUCUGAGAGUGCUGGAAAUGACCAACCUACUAAAUAUGCUCUUCCACUUCAUGACAAGGCACUUGAUCUUAAGGAAAAGCUUUCUCACGGUUUGUCAUCACGCUUGCUUCGUAGAUGGUGUUCUUAUGAGUGGUUCUAUAGUGCUAUUGAUUACCCAUGGUUUGCUAAAAGGGAGUUUGUUGAAUACUUAAAUCAUGUUGGAUUGGGCCACAUCCCAAGGUUAACCCGUGUUGAAUGGGGUGUCAUAAGGAGUUCUCUUGGCAAACCUCGGAGGUUAUCUCAACAGUUUUUACGGGAGGAGAAGGCGAAACUUGAACAGUAUCGUGAAUCUGUCAGAACACAUUAUACUGAACUCCGUGCGGGUGUUAGGGAAGGACUUCCCACGGACCUAGCUCGCCCUUUAUCAGUGGGACAACGUGUUGUUGCUUGUCAUCCCAGGACAAGAGAAAUUCAUGAUGGGAGUAUAUUAACAGUUGAUCGAAACAGGUGCAGGGUUCAGUUUGACAGGCCUGAAUUAGGGGUUGAAUUUGUGAUGGAUAUUGACUGCAUGCCUUCAAAUCCAUCAGAAAAUAUGCCUGAGGCUCUUCGGAAAAAGAGCAUCACAGUUGAUAAGUUCUGUGAGAACUUCACCGAGCCUAAAUUGAGUCGACCUAGUGACUGCAAAGAGUUAGGUUACCUGAAGUUUGCUUCAAGUGAGCAAGAGAAUUUGAAUGGUCCUCCACGCAUUUCUUCGUCAUCUUAUGCCAUUAAUACCUUAGUAAAGCAGGAAAAGGUGGAUGCAGUCAAUUGCAUUUCACAACCUAAAGCUGCAGCUAGUGAAAUUGUUAAUGUGCAAGAAGCAGCACAUACUCAACCUUGUACUCUUGCACAGAUUCAAGCAAGGGAAGCUGAUAUACGAGCUCUCUCUGAAUUGACUCGUGCGCUUGAUAAAAAGGAAGCAUUGUUGUUGGAACUGAGACACAUGAAUGACGAGAUAUACGUUUUCAUCUCUUUUUGUCGUUAUAAAAUUCAGGCAAUGACCUCUUUGAAGGAAGGUGAUGAUGCUUUUGCAAGGAUUGGGGAGGCUUUAGAUUCUGCAAAAAAUCUGCAUUUUCGAGCUGAUGCAGGCAUACCAGCUACAAGAUCUUUUACAUCUCUGGAUCCGGCUAAUGCUAAUUUGGUGGGUUCUCAGGGUCUGUCAACCUCUUGCACAUCAGAGCCAACGACAGUUGUUCAGCCAUCUGGUCCAAAGUUGAAUGGUGGAUCUGAAAUGAAUGAAGCAAACAUACCCUCAGAGCUUAUCUCAUCCUGCGUUGCUACUUUGCUCAUGAUUCAGACAUGCACAGAGCGAGAUUGCCCCCCAGCUGAGGUGGCCCAGAUCCUGGAUUCUGCUGUUUCAAGUUUGAAACCAUGUUGUUCUCAGAACCUUCAUGUUUAUGGAGAAAUACAACGGUGCAUGGGAAUUGUCAAGAACCAGAUUUUAGCACUUAUACCGACGUAGACCCCACACAUUCGACACUAGUGUCCACCUUGUAAAUAUUCAACACUAGCAAGUGAAUAUAUUUUAUUUCUACUCUUUUAUUCAUCUCUGUUUCUUUGUCGUCGUC